AGGAUGAACGGGACGGAAGGUAUCAAUUUUUACGUGCCUAUGUCCAACAAGACAGGGGUGGUGCGGAGCCCCUUCGAGUACCCCCAGUACUACCUAGCCGAGCCCUGGCAAUACCGCGUGGUCUGCUGCUACAUGUUCUUCCUCAUCUCCACCGGGCUGCCCAUCAACCUCCUCACCCUGCUCGUCACCUUCAAGCACAAGAAGCUGCGGCAGCCGCUCAACUACAUCCUCGUCAACCUGGCGGUGGCCGACCUCUUCAUGGCCUGCUGCGGCUUCACCGUCACCUUCUACACGGCCUGGAACGGCUACUUCAUCUUCGGCCCCAUCGGCUGCGCCAUCGAGGGCUUCUUCGCCACGCUCGGAGGCCAAGUCGCCCUGUGGUCCCUGGUCGUCCUGGCCAUCGAGCGCUACAUCGUUGUCUGCAAACCCAUGGGCAACUUCCGCUUCUCCUCCACCCACGCCAUGAUGGGCAUCGCGUUCACCUGGGUCAUGAGCUUCUCCUGCGCCGCCCCACCGCUCUUCGGCUGGUCCAGAUACAUUCCAGAGGGGAUGCAGUGCUCCUGCGGCCCUGACUACUACACCCACAACCCUGACUACCACAACGAGUCCUAUGUUGUCUACAUGUUCAUCAUCCACUUCACCAUCCCCGUGGUCAUCAUUUUCUUCUCCUACGGGCGGCUCAUUUGCAAAGUCCGAGAGGCAGCCGCCCAGCAGCAGGAGUCGGCCACCACGCAGAAGGCAGAGAAGGAGGUGACACGGAUGGUGAUCCUCAUGGUGCUGGGCUUCAUGCUGGCCUGGACACCGUACGCCGUGGUGGCGUUCUGGAUCUUCACCAACAAGGGAGCCGACUUCACCGCCACGUUCAUGUCAGUGCCUGCCUUCUUCUCCAAGAGCUCCUCCCUCUACAACCCCAUCAUCUACGUCCUCAUGAACAAGCAGUUCCGUAACUGCAUGAUCACCACGAUCUGCUGCGGCAAGAACCCCUUUGGGGAUGAAGAUGUCUCCUCCACCGUGUCCCAGAGCAAGACCGAAGUCUCCUCCGUCUCCUCCAGCCAAGUGUCACCCGCAUAGGCCAUGGACAGUGCGGACUGGG